GGUGCGGGUUCCCUUAGUGACCGCCAACGCGCGCAAGAUGGCGGCGCCGGCGGAGGUGCAGGUGGUCGCGGGCCCCUCGGAGACGGCCGAGGCAGCGGAGCUGAGCCGCACAUUGAGCCGGCUGUUGCCAGGGCUGGAAGCCGAGAGUAAGCAGGGGCGGCGGCGCGCGCUGGAAGCGUUGGAGCGCGCGUUGGAGGAGGCGGUGGAGCCCGGCGCCGAUCCCGCCGCCUUCCAGGGCCCCUGGGCCCGCCUGCUGCUGCCGCGCCUCCUGCGUCUCCUGACCGACCCGGCCGAGGGCUGCCGCACGCUGGCCGCUCGUCUGUUGGGCUUGGGUCUGCGCCACGCCCCGCGGCCCCGUGACGUCCUACCGCGCCUGCUGCCGGCGCUCGCCGCUCGCCUGGCCCGGCCCGACCCCUCGCGGCCGCUGCCGGAACCCUGCGAGGAGCUGCGCCUGGCUUUGGUGCAGCUGCUCCGCCUGGCCAUGGACUUGGGCGGCGUCGAGGUCGCGCCACACCUGGACGACGCGGUGCGUGCCCUGCGGAGCGCGCUGCUGGACCCCUUCGCCGCGGUGCGCCGCGAGAGCUGCGAGUGUGCGGCUGCCCUGGCACGUGCCACGCCAGAGCACUUCCACAUGCAGUCGGAGUCCCUGAUUGGCCCUCUGAUGCAGACCAUUUCCCACCAGCACUGGAAGGUCCGGGUGGCCGUCAUUGAAGCCACGGGUACUGUGAUCCAAUUUGGCAACGGGAAUUCUGUGGAUGAUGUCCUUUCCCACUUUGCUCAGCGACUCUUCGAUGAUGUCCCUCAGGUCCGGCAAGCAGUAACCUCAGUGGUCGGGGGCUGGCUGCUGAGUUUGCGAGACCGCUACUCCUUCUUCCACAAGCUCACCCCACUGCUGCUCAGUAGCUUCAGUGACAGCAUGCCUGAGGUCCGGCAGACAGCCACCAGCCUCUGGGAGAAAAUUGGGCUACAGUGGCAGGAGGAGAAUGAGGCAGAUCUGAAGGACAAGCUAGACUUUGCCUCACCACCCCCUCCCCACUACCCUGUGCAAGAGUGCCGCCCCAGCCUGGGCUGCCGGGAACUGGUCUUCAGGAACCUCUCCAAGGUGCUUCCUGCCAUCUGUCGCGACAUCACUGACUGGGUGGUGGGGACCCGGGUGAAGGCAGCACAGCUGCUGCCUGUGCUACUGCUGCAUGCAGAGGACCACAUCACGCAGCACCUGGAAAUCAUCCUCAGAACCCUGAAGCAGGCAUGCACCGAUGAGGAGAAAGCUGUGGUCAGCAGUUGUGUGAGAGCUGCAGAGCUCAUCGGCACAUUCGUCAGCCCCGAGGUAUUCCUGAAACUUAUCUUAGCCAUGCUGAAGAAGGCGCCCUCCCCAUCUGGACUCCUGGUCCUCGCUUCUGUCAUUCGAGGUUGCCCAAGGGAUACCCUCCAGCCACACAUCAAGGUCAUUGCCACAGAGCUGGCCCAGGAGCACAUCUGCGAGGGGUCUGAGAAUGACCUCUACCUGGAGCACCUGCUGCUGUGUGUGGAGGCUCUGGUUUCUGUGUGUCGGGAGGACUGCUGUGUGGCCAGCCUGCAACUCAUGGAGGUGCUGUUGACAAUAAUGGCUGUCUCCCGAGCCAUGGCCCUUGGGAACAAGGCCCAGAAGACCAUGGACACGCUGGCAGAGGUUGAAGAUGUGCCCAGCAGUCAGGACCUCUACCACAAGCAUGUGGGUGCACUCCUGGAGCGGCUGACUGCCUCACAUGGCGAGUGGACUGUGCACUCUGUACCUCUGCUCCAGUUUUCCAUUGUCCUCAUCCAGGCAGGCCCUGCUGUGGGAGAAGUGCUACAGCAUGUCUUCCCCACCCUGAGGGCUUGUCUCCAGCCCACCACAGACCCACACAUGCGCCUGAAGCUCUUCUCCAUCCUGUCCACAGUGCUGCUGAGGCCAAAGGACACUGUCGACUCUCAGGGGCAAUUCCAUGCCUACCUGGAGAUGGUGGUGAAUGACAUCCUGGCCCCCAACCUGCAGUGGCACGCAGGGAAGACAGCUGCAGCCAUCCGGACGGCCGCUGUAUCGUGCCUGUGGGUACUCACCAGCAGUGACAUUCUGUCAGCCAAGCAGGUGCAGGAGAUACAGGAGACCCUAAUGCCACAUGUGCUGGCCACACUGGAAGACGACUCCCAGACCACCCGGCUCGUCUCCUGCCGCAUUGUCAAUAUGUUCCUGAAGACCUCUGGACACACAAUGGAGUCAGACAGACUCCUCAAGGUUUACCCUGAGCUCUUGAAGCGUCUGGAUGAUGUGUCCAAUGAUGUGAGGAUGGCGGCUGCUUCUGUCCUGCUCACCUGGCUGAAGUGCGUGCAAAGCUCCGAUGGGAAGUCAUCCUAUCAGAGCAGUGUGCAAUUCCUGUACCGGGAGCUGCUGGUCCACUUGGAUGACCCCGAGUGCACCAUCCAGGAUGCUGUCCUAGAAGUCCUCAAGGAGGGCAGUGUCCUGUUCCCAGAUGUUCUAGUGCGGGAGACAGAAGCCGUGGUCCACAAACACCGCUCAGCCACCUACUGCGAGCAGCUCCUGCAGCACAUGCAGGCGACAGCCAUUGCACAGUGACCGUGUGUGGCAGCCAUUCCUGCCACUGCACCCUCUGAAGUGCCUGAAGACCUCGUGUGAAGACUGUGACCACAGCCCCCAGUGUCACGAUGUUCCCAGGACCCUGCUGCCCACUAGACAGCACUUGGAAUCAGCAGCUCUUACCCUAAACAGGUUCUGCAAUUUUAUGCCAUACCUACAAGUCCACACAGAGGCCCCCCAAAAUCUACAGCCAAGCUGAAAUUAAAGCUAAGUGUCCCCCACCCAUCCUGGCUGUCCAGUCAGCUGCCUAAGUACCAGUUUUUUAGGCUCCUUUACAAGCCCUACGUGGUCCUGGCCUUCUUCCAUGUCCACCGAGAAUGCUCUGAACAACUUAGCAAGAAAGCCAAGGGCUUUAUUAAAAGAAACCUCAUCGUCCUUUGGAUCCAGGCCAAAGGGAAUUUUCAAUGUUAAUAAUGAAGUUUCUCCCAUUUUGAAAUACACUGGAACUCACUGCCACGUGAGUGCAUACCAGCACAGCAUCUCUCUUGACUCAGUGAUGCUGAUGGUUGGUGUGAGGCCAGACUAGCAGCAGUUAGUAAAAUAAUCAUUUGCCAGUGCACCUUCCACACCAAGUGCCUAGAAGAUUUUUAAGUGGUAUUAUUGUCAGCCAGUAUUUUUGUUAAGGGAAAAAGUUGUAUGUAUUUUCCAGCAAACAUUAACAUUUCUGCUUUGCA